UCAAUUGUUCCGCUGCACUAAGAACCAUGGCAAUUAAGCGGAGCUCGCAAGCAGAACGUGAUCAUCAUGGAUCAUCACAAAUACUCUUCUUUCUUUGCACACUGGCUCUCACAUACAGCAUUUGAUAGUGUCAAUUUAUAAGCAUUUCAUAUUCAUUAACUAUCACUGUGUGCACGAGCGUCGCAACACACUCACAUAAACACACACUCGUUGAGAAUUACUUCCCCCAUUCAUGUGACUUGUCUUUGUGAGCGUCGAUUUCCAUUAGAAAAGCACUCGUUGCGGUCGGCAUCGAUGGCGCUGCAUUAAACGACAGCAGCGUCUUCUAUUACGAACUUGCCUCAACACCAUCACAACAAUCCGCCAUAGACAUUGUACUGCAAUCGGAGCCAGCAACAGUAAACAUGGUGCGCUUCGACAAGGGCAAACUUCUGGCCAAGGCGGCUAACCUGACCGCUAUCAGCUGGGCACAUGCAGUCAACAGUCAGCAGCUUCUCUCCGAUGCAUUGAGCGGUGAUAUCGAUAUGAUUGAGGCGGAUAUUGUGCUGGGCCAGCUGAAUGGAGAGGGUGACAAUCUACCUGUGAUGGCGCAUCCGCCGGCAAACAUCUCCGAUUUGACGCUGGAAGAUUUCCUCUAUCAGAUCAAGGCACACAACGAGGUGAACGAGGGCGCGGAGAAGGGUGUCAAGCUGGAUUUCAAGUCCAUUGAGGUGUUCGAAGGUGCGCUGGACAUACUAGACGAGACCAUUCCAAAAAUGACAUAUCCAAUUUGGAUCAAUGCGGAUAUUUUAGCCGGUCCCGUGGAUCAGAAUAGAACGGUGCCCGUGGAUCCGGCCCGUUUCUUUGCCGGCUGCAAUCGCUACAAGCAAGCGGUGCUCUCCAUUGGCUGGACCACAAACUGGGGUGCAGAUUUCCGCGAUGGCGAAUACACGCAGUCGCAAUGCGAUGCCAUGUUGCAGGCCAUACGCGACAACAAUGUGACCUCCACUGGGCAACCGAUCACGUUUCCAGUACGCGCUGGCAUUGCGGCCAAUAGCAUCGAGCAGUUGCACAAUCUGGUGGCAGCCGUCAAUGAUACGAAUGAGAGCACAUUGACCAUCUGGUCGUCGGAGAAUGAUUAUGUGAACGUGGAACGUUUGCGACAGCUCAUCUUUGGCUUCGGAGUGGAGCGUGUGUAUUUGGAUGUACCCGAGGAACUGUCUUCCCAGUUGGAUUUGGGUAACACGGACAGCGGAGCCAGCACCUUUAAUUCGUUGGUCAGCUUCAGCUUUAUUAGCAUCUGCUUUUGGGCCAUCUCCAGUUGGCUGAAAAGCGUUUAAACACUGUGGUUUUUGUUUUGUUGAUUUCGAUUUCAAUUUGGUUUCUUUUUAUUUUUUUAAGGAAUUGGGUUUUGUUUUCUUUUUUUUCUUUUAACUUAAAUCCCACUUUGAAUUGUAUCACUUCAUUUUGUUUUUGAACUUAAAAAGAGAACUUGAACUUACAAAAAUAACUGUUAUGCAUUAAAUUUAUGUAAUAUGUAGUAUAAAUAUAAAAAAAUACUUUGGACGUGCGCAGUUUUACUAAACGUUAACGUUAACAAUGGAUAGGCGAUUAAUCACUUAUGUACAGCGUUUAAAUUAAGUUACUAACAUAGUUAAUGACUUUUUGAUUUUUCUCUUCGUUUCUUUUUGCUUUUUCACGUUUCAUUCUAUCAUGUGUUUUUUCUUACUCUUGUUUUUGGCACUAAUAAAUAAAUAAUCUUAUUAAUCUCUCUCUAUAUGUCCCCGCGCAACAAGUGCGCAGUUGAUGUGAGGAAACCAUAUGAGUGUGAGUGUAUAUGUGUGUGUGUGUGUGUGUGAGUGUAUGUUGCGAUAUGAUAUAUGUUUGUGUAUGUGUGUUCCUUACUAAUAGCUUGUGGUGCUAUGUAUGAGGCAGUUAAGGCUAAAAAAGGCAAUCUAUAGUAUUUAUAUAGUAUAUGUAUAAAGUUUUAACGGUUGG